AUGGCCGAUCAGAGGUUGACGCGUAUCGCAAUUGUGAAUUCCGACAAGUGCAAGCCCAAAAAGUGUCGCCAGCAGUGUAAAAAGAGUUGCCCCGUCGUCAAAACUGGUAAGUUUUGCAUUGAGGUGACUUCUGCAAACAAGGUUGCUUUCAUCUCAGAGGAAUUGUGUAUUGGAUGUGGUAUAUGUGUGAAGAAAUGCCCGUUUGAAGCCAUCCAGAUUAUUAAUCUACCAAAGGACUUGGAUAAGGAUACCACUCAUCGUUAUGGUCCUAACACCUUCAAACUGCAUAGGCUACCUGUUCCAAGGCCUGGGCAAGUUCUUGGCUUGGUUGGGACUAACGGCAUAGGGAAAUCAACUGCGCUUAAAGUUUUGGCUGGGAAAUUGAAACCGAACUUGGGACGUUUUAUUGAUCCACCUGAUUGGCAGGAAAUAUUGACCUAUUUUCGAGGAUCCGAGCUGCAAAACUACUUUACCCGUGUUCUUGAAGAUAAUUUGAAGGCAAUCAUCAAGCCCCAGUACGUGGACAAUAUCCAUAAAAAUGCCCAAGGCAAUGUUGGUCAAGUCCUUGCUCAGGCAAAUGAGAGGCACUUGAUAGAAGAACUUGGUGUUGAUCUCGAGCUUAAUCGGGUCAUGGACCGCAAUGUGGAAGAUUUAUCUGGUGGCGAGCUACAAAGAUUCUCCAUAGCUUUUGCCGCUCUACACGAUGCGGAUAUCUAUAUGUUUGAUGAGCCCUCAAGUUACCUUGACGUGAAACAGAGGCUCAAAGCUGCGCAAGUCAUCAGAUCCUUACUUAAGCCCAGCAGCUAUGUAAUUGUUGUGGAGCACGAUCUUACUGUGCUUGAUUACUUAUCGGACUUCAUCUGCUGCCUUUAUGGGCAACCUGGUGUAUACGGGGUGGUAACGCUCCCAUUUUCAGUCAGGGAAGGAAUUAACAUUUUCCUGGCUGGAUUUGUCCCUACCGAGAAUCUCAGGUUUCGGAAUGAAUCCCUUACAUUCAAGGUUGCCGAGACUCCACAGGAAUGUGCUGAGGAAACUGAGACGUAUGCAAGAUACAGGUACCCAGCCAUGACCAGAACUCAGGGAAAUUUCAAGCUCAAGGUCAUGGAGGGUGAAUUUACCGAUUCACAAAUUGUUGUGAUGCUUGGUGAAAAUGGGACUGGAAAAACCACUUUUAUACGGAUGCUGGCCGGUCUUCUGAAACCUGAUUCGGUCGACGGAUCAGAUGUGGGCAUACCUGAGUUUAAUAUCUCUUACAAGCCACAAAAAAUCACCCCCACAUUUCAGUCGACUGUUAGAAUUCUAUUACACCAGAAAAUUCGGGACUCGUAUGUGCAUCCUCAGUUUGUGUCGGAUGUUAUGAAACCACUGUUGAUCGAGGAACUAAUGGACCGAGAGGUUGUGAAUCUUUCUGGUGGAGAAUUACAGAGAGUUGCUCUCGCCCUUUGCCUUGGAAAGCCUGCAGAUAUAUAUUUAAUAGACGAACCAAGUGCGUAUCUAGACUCAGAGCAGCGUAUAGUGGCUUCGAAAGUCAUAAAGAGGUUCAUACUCCACGCAAAAAAGACUGCAUUUGUUGUCGAGCAUGAUUUCAUAAUGGCCACUUACCUAGCAGAUCGAGUGAUUGUGUAUGAGGGGAAGCCGUCCAUAGAUUGCAAGGCCAAUUCGCCACAGUCACUUUUGACCGGGAUGAACCUGUUUCUAUCCCAUCUGGAUAUUACGUUCAGACGGGAUCCCACAAACUACCGUCCACGGAUUAACAAACUGGAGUCGACUAAGGACCGAGAGCAGAAAACUGCUGGGUCUUAUUAUUAUUUGGACAACUAA